GUCUCAACGCUCCGCCGACAUGUUACCGGAGUAUUUAAACGUCAUUAUGGCUCCCGGAAAGCGAAAAAACACCACUUUUAUGGUUCACCUGAAAUUUCCGAUCUUUUAGUAACGACGCCGAUAAUAACGAAACUGAAAACAGAUUCGUCUCUUUCGACUGCUGAAUUAUCUGCACAAGUGGAGCCAGUAGAUUCUGCCAUCUCAGUGCCUGAAGGUAUGUCCCUAGAGUCGACAGCUAUUGAGUAA